AUGGCAGAUCUAUAUGGCCUAACUGAUGCGGCAAUGUGCAAGAUGUUUCGCACAACGCUCUCCGAACGAGCAUUGAGCUGGUUCAACUCCUUGCCCACUGGAUCAAUUGAAGCUCUUUCCCAACUAACAUAUCGUUUCACCCACCAUUUCGCUAUCAACAAAGAGUACGCAAAGACACCCGCGUACCUUUUCACUAUCACCCAGAGAGAGGGCGAGACCCUCCGCAACUACAUUCAACGAUUUGUAGAGGCAUCUCACAAAGUUCCUAACGUGGGAGGAAGCAUGCUCGCUGGAAUCAUUCAACAAAACUUGAAGGAAGGUAGAUUCAAGGAAUCUAUUGCAGGAAGACCUCCAACCACUGUGGAAGAGUUACUAAGUCGCGCUGAGAAACACGUGCGCAUCGAAGAGGCUUCGGUCCUCCCUCCUCCCAAGAGGAAAAUAGAUGAAGAUUACUUCAAUACCCGGCGACGAGAUGGCCGACGACAAUCGUCAACAUCUCAUUGA